UGUCCAUAGACAAAUCGAAGGAGGGAGGAAGUUUGUGAGUGAUCGAUUUUGCACCGGCCUCCCAAAACUCACGACACGGGCAUUUUCUUUGUUUGCCCGGACGCUUGUGUUGUGCACAAUAAGCUAAACAGUAGCCGCGGUAGUUGUGAUAAAAUGGCGAACACGUUUCGCGCCGUGACGGUCUCAGCCGUCAACAAUGACGGCGCCCUGACGCCGCGUUUUAAUUUCCCUACAAACGUAAACGUGGAUUACGACCCUCAAGGGUUGAGUGUUAAAGUGAUCCGUGCGGACCCGGUGCUGGCGCAGGAGGUCCUGGAGUUCCCGGUGCACAGCCAGAGCGAGUGUUCGCGCGUGGCGGGCCAGAGUUACAUCUUCACGAUAGACAAUGAAACGCUCUUCUUCAAAUUCGCAUCGGACGUCGAUUGCCAGAAUUUCCACCUGCUGGUCAGCAAAAUCAAAGCUGGCCGCUCGUCGUCGGUGUUCACGGUGCGGACGGAAGACUCCUCGGCGCUCCAGUAUUUCCAGUUUUACGGUUACUUGAGCCAGCAGCAAAACAUGAUGCAGGAUUACGUACGGACGAGUACAUAUCAGCGCGCCAUUUUAUCGAAUAUUAACGACUUUAAGAAUAAAGUGGUGUUGGACGUUGGAGCCGGGUCAGGUAUCUUGUCGUUCUUCGCCGCCCAGGCUGGUGCUCGCAAGGUUUACGCGGUGGAAGCCAGUAACAUGGCGCACCACGCGCAAGCUCUAGUUCGCGCGAACGCGCUCCACGACCGGAUCACGGUCGUAGCCGGAAAGAUUGAAGAGAUAGAGCUUCCUGAGACUGUAGAUGUGAUAAUUUCCGAGCCUAUGGGCUAUAUGCUGUACAAUGAACGGAUGUUAGAAACCUAUUUGCAUGCUAAGAAGUGGCUGAAACCUAAUGGAAACAUGUACCCCACUAGAGGUGACUUACACAUAGCACCGUUCACCGAUGACGCUCUCUUCAUGGAACAGUACAAUAAGGCUAACUUCUGGUACCAGACGUGCUUCCACGGGGUAGAUUUAAGUGCUCUCCGGACUGCAGCUAUGAAGGAGUACUUUAGACAGCCUAUUGUAGAUACAUUUGACGUCCGCAUCUGCAUGGCGAGAUCGGUGAGACAUGUAGUUGACUUCCUUAACGCUAAUGAGACGGAUCUGCAUCGCAUUGAAGUACCAUUCCGAUUUGAAUUGACACAAUCAGGAACAUGCCACGGACUUGCCUUUUGGUUUGAUGUGUUAUUUGCCGGCAGCACACAGCCCAUCUGGCUGUCUACAGCACCCACAGAGCCUCUCACACAUUGGUACCAAGUGCGCUGUUUACUUGAAACUCCAAUUUUCGCGAAACAAGGCCAAGCUUUAACUGGACGAGUGCUGUUACUAGCAAAUAAGCGACAGAGUUACGAUGUGACAAUGGAAAUAAACCUAGAAGGCACAAAUAUUACAUCCUGCAACACAUUGGACUUGAAGAACCCUUACUUCAGGUAUACGGGUGCGCCAGCGGCGCCUCCGCCGGGCGUAAACACCACGUCACCGAGUGAAGCAUAUUGGAGCACUGUAGACACAGGAGCGCUCAGCAACGGGCAACAAGUGCUGCUAGAAACGCCUGCGUUUGGCGCAGCGCCCGACCUGUCCUACCCUCAACACCCAAACAUGAUUAAGACAGUGAUGCUGCAGGAAGAGUUCAUCAAGAGGAUCGGAAUCAGUCAGAACGGGGACAUAUAAUCCGCGCGGUCGCGCCGGGCGCGCCUGCGGGCCCUGAGGCGGCGUCGGUUGUGAUCCGGACGCUCUAGUGUGUAAGCGGACUUAUUUAUUUCGAACACAUCACAGUGCGGCCGAUUUGACCUGGAGCUGGUUUUUCUGGGUUUGGUUCUGGAAGACUAUGUUGUUUUU